UGUCAUUUUUCUAUUGAUGAAAUCAUCAUUCUAUUUUUUUUGUCUAAUAGAAGCCAGAUUAAAUGAUGGAAUGGGUACAUGUUUGUGUAAGUUAUGGUAUAAUGACAUAAUAAGUUGAAGCAUGGACACUAAUGAUCAUCACAGGUGGACAGUACAAUGACAGUGAUGGCUGGAGUGUACACAGGUAGGUGAUGUUUACACUAACCCACACGGGUAUACCCACACAGGCUAGUUAGCUGUUGUUCUAAAGACUUAAUUAGAGUUCCUCAUAUAGCGAGUACAAACCUCCAACCAAUCAACUGUAGCAAUGAAAAUCUCACCGAUGACAAAAAGAACAGACACUUCAAUUCAAUUCAUUUUAUUGACUUUAAGCUUUAGAGCUCAUCAGUACAUAUAUACAAUACAAUAAAUUGACAAUUACGUAGUUUCUGUGAUGGAUUCUGACGACUGUAUUGAGUGUGACUGUCCCGUACGUACCCGACAGGAAGCCCUACAGUGUGACGGAUGUGACCGCUGGCAGCACCGCUUGUGUGAAACAGGUAUUUCUCAGAGAGUCUACAAAGCAACUGUGAGAGGUGAGCCGGAUGGUCUUCAAACAUGGUACUGCAGCAACUGUCCACUUCCAGGAAAGGGACCAGCCACACCCAACCUGACAGAGAGACAGGUCAUAACCAUGGUGAAAGAGAGAUCAGUCAUAUCCAUGUCGACAGAGGGGCCUACCACACCAAAUUUGACACAGAGACCAGUCACGCCCACAGAGAUGGAGGGACCAGUCAUGCCCACAGAGAUGGAGGGACCAGCCAUGCCCACAGAGAUGGAGGGACCAGUCACGCCCACAAAGAUGGAGGGACCUGCCAUGCCCACAGAGAUGGAGGGACCAGCCUCGCCCAUGGUGACGGAGAGACCAGUCACGCCCACAGUGACUGAGGGACCAGUCACACCCACAGUGAUGGAGGGACCAGCCACGCCCAUGGUGACGGAGGGACCAGCCACGCUCACAGGGAUGGAGGGACCUGCCACAUCCAUGGUGACGGAGAGACCAGCCACGCCCACAGUGAUGGAGGGACCAACCACGCCCAUGGUGACGGAGAGACCAGCCACGCCCACAGUGAUGGAGGGACCAGCCACACCCAUGGUGACAGAGAGCCCCGCCACGCCCACAGUGAUGGAGGGACCAACCACGCCCAUGGUGACAGAGAGCCCCGCCACACCAACACUGGAUGAGAUUGAAGAGCCAGCUAGAACACCUGUGCGUAGGCGUCCAGUGGUACUGACUGAAUCCAGCUCAAGCUCAGACGAGUCUGAUGAGACAGACACAGAGACAGACGGAGAGACAUCUCCGGUAUCUAGGUCGUUGAAUUUUAUACCACGUGUACUACAUCAUUGUCCAUACAGACGAAGCUCUGCUGCUGCCGAUGCCACCUUUAUUGUAAAACGCAACAACCACAGCUACAUUAGGUUUGAUGACCAGUCCCCAUGCCAGAUGGACAAGGCUUUCAUGAUGGACGAUUCAGAUGAGGAAACAUGGUUUCCGAGUAUGAGGACCAACUUGUAUUAUGAGGAAGAUGAGGGAGAUGAGGACGAUGACGAUGACGAGGAUGAUGAUGAUGAGGAAGAGACCCGGUACGAAAUCAUAGAGAACGGCACUAGGCGCGGACACAGGAAACUUGUAUCAAGUGAUGGAUAUUCCUACACAGUAAAGGGAUCCACAGCCAGAACUACCACGUGGAGAUGCAGUAUCCGGAAUAAAUCUGUGCAGUGUUCAGCAUUAGUUAUCCAGCGGGGCCAGAGCUUUACGAGGGGAUUGGCAGACCAUAGACACAUAGGAAACAGAUCCCUAGUCAAGACGCUCAAGAUCACAAGUAUGGUAAAGAGUUGAGCACCGCCAAUAGAAAGACAUCUAACAGCAACUGACACAGUGAAAGCCUGCAUGUUCUUUGUGAUGAGACAGACGUCCCCUGGUCUACCAAAGGCAGAGAACCUGAUCAAUAUAUACAGAUCACUUAAGUUUAAUACUUAUAUAAAAAAAAAACAAC